AUGGUUUUCCCGCUCUUGGCGAAAGUCUUCAACUCGAUCGUAUGGUGUUCGCAACCGCUACUCUACACCGAGUCUACGCCAACUGCCGUCCGUAACGUCUUUUGUGGUGUAGUUGGCUUCCUUGGCGACAUGGGAUCUGUUCUUGCUCCCUAUUUGAAGAGACUUGAAGCAUUUCAUAAGUCAGCACCGACAUUACUGAUAGCAGUGAUGUCGAUUUCAUCUGCUGCCUUAGUACUCAUGAUGCCGGAAACAAAAGACAGAAAACUGCCAGAAGACAUCAACGAUUUCGAGCUAGGACCCUUACUGAAGUGCAUUAAAAAGAAGAAAAAAGUCACGGAAGAGGAAGAGGUAAUGAAAGAGAAACCUCCUUUAGUGGAUAUCCGAAACAAAUCUAACUUGCCUACUGCUUAUUAG